GAUGAUAGAACGUCUAUUUCUUUGUUCUAUUUAUACUUUUAAAAUAAAUCCUAAUACUGUGUUUGCUAUCCAUUUUAAAGAUUGGGGAUGCCAUUGGGGAUUUUACUGAUAAAAGAAUAAAGUGUAGCAGAUAAAGCAAGAAACCUUUACAAGAGCCAAAUCCUGACGUUUCUUAAUAUGUUCUGUUAAAGAUCUUGGAACUGGAAAGUACUGAGAACUACAGAUUUUAAGAGUGAUGAAGUGUAGUUGAGGGAAAUCUGUUUUCUGUGCACUUGUACAGAAAACACAUGAAAAGUGGCCAUGACUAAAAAGAAGCAAAUAAGCCAGGCUUUGCAUUAACCUGGGUGAGAACUGUGGCCUGAAUUAAAAACAGUAGCAAUAAAUAUGAAGGAAAGGUAACACAGAAGACAAGGAACAAGAGGAAAAUAGAGUUUAUGGGGUUUGCCUAGUUGCAGAGUUAAUGUAGGAGAAGAAAGUCUGGUAGGGGGAGCCAAGUUUGAUCUUCAAGUUUCUUACUUGGAUUACUGAAUAAGUGUUAUAUUGACCAAGGAACGCAGAUGGAAACCCAGAGUCGUACAUGAGAACAGAAAUGGUAUAUUUAGUUUGUGAAUUUGAAAGACAUGUGGGAAAUGUAAGUACAAAGAACGCAAAUCCAGGUGGCUGCAUGGGCUGGAUGUAGAGGGUCUCGGAGGAAGGAUAAGGAGGCAGCUGCAAGAGCAGUAGCAGUUAGAUGGUUUCUGAACGUAGUGAGCAGAUGAGUACAGCAAGAGGACUCACAAUGUCUGCUAAAGGACGCAACGAAGAGGUCCAAACUCACAAGCUGAAAGCACCGGCACUUAAAGAAUGGGAAAGGAGAGGCAGAUAAGAAUAGACAGGAAAAGAAACUAAUAACGUCACCAAAGCCAAGGAAAGAGCAUUUCAAGGACUGUUGGCAUAAGUAUAAAUUUACAAAGAAAUAUUACGUUGGAAAGUAUCUAUUGGGUUUUUUUUUUAAUCUACAGGGAAGCUGUUGGCAAUGACUAUGAGGUCAGGGAAGUACUAAGAGCCAGUCAUGGGAUGAUAAAUAGAUUAGUAAAUAAGUGAAUGGCUUUUUGUCCAAGGAGGCAAAAUGAGAAAAGGCAAUGGUCCAGGUAAUCAAGGACAACGAAAUAUAAGUUUGUAUUUUAAAUAUGGGAGAGCCUUGAAUAACUGAAAGAACUAAUCAGACAAGACUGAAACAGAACCGGGACUAAGGGCAGUUUAUCUUCUAAUUGCAAGCAGAUGGGUAAUAGGAUAGGGAGAGGGCUUAAAGAGACCACACAUGGCUUAAAAUCACUCAACAGAAAUGGAAAGGUAGCUAACUCCAUGUAAUGUGUGGCCCUGUAAAGAUGACUUACAGAGCAGCUCCGUCUUGGGGUAGGAACUGAGAAGGCAGGAAUUGUAUUGAUAUGGGAAGUUUUGAGGGUUUCUGCUUGCUUGCUUGCUUGCUUGCUUGGUUUGUUUGUUUUUUUCGGCAGAGACUCAUGUAGCACAGGCUGCCCUUGCCCAUUUCUGUCGUUGAAGAGCGUCUUGCUUCUGUCUCCUCAUUGCUGGGACUAAAGGUGACCACCACCAUGUUCAGGUCCAACAGCUGCAGAUCUUGCUGCUACAAGCCCAUGGAGGCACCUUGCCUGGAGAUAUAAAUGUGGAACCAUCAGAAAAUCUUCAGUCCCUGAUGGAGAAGAAUCAGUCUCUGGUGGAAGAGAAUGAAAAAUUAAGUCGUGGUCUGAGUGAGGCAGCUGGUCAAACAGCCCAGAUGCUGGAGAGGAUCAUUCUGACAGAGCAAGCAAAUGAGAAAAUGAAUGCCAAGCUAGAAGAACUCAGGCGGCAUGCGGCCUGUAAAGUGGAUCUUCAAAAGCUCGUGGAGACAUUGGAAGACCAGGAGUUAAAAGAAAACAUAGAGAUAAUUUGCAACCUACAACAAGUGAUUGCCCAGCUAUCUGAUGAAGCUGCUGCUUGCAUGACUGCAACCAUUGAUACUGCAGGGGAAGCAGACACUCAAGUGCAAAGCAGCCCAGAUACCAGCAGGUCUUCUGAUGUUUUCAGCACUCAGCAUGCCCUACGCCAAGCUCAGAUGUCCAAGGAGCUGAUUGAGUUGAAUAAAGCACUUGCACUGAAGGAAGCCCUAGCUAAGAAGAUGACUCAGAAUGACAACCAACUCCAGCCCAUUCAGUUCCAGUACCAGGAUAAUAUUAAAAAUCUAGAAUCAGAAGUCCUCAGUCUACAGAGGGAAAAAGAAGAACUGGUUCUUGAACUUCAAACAGCAAAGAAGGAUGCCAACCAAGCCAAGUUGAGUGAGCGCCGUCGUAAACGUCUUCAGGAACUGGAGGGUCAAAUAGCUGAUUUGAAAAAGAAACUGCAAGAACAGUCCAAACUUCUGAAGCUGAAGGAAUCCACAGAGCAUACUGUCUCCAAGCUGAACCAGGAGAUUCGGAUGAUGAAAAACCAGCGAGUCCAGUUAAUGCGUCAAAUGAAAGAGGAUGCUGAGAAGUUUAGGCAAUGGAAGCAGCAAAAAGACAAAGAAGUAAUCCAGCUAAAAGAACGGGAUCGUAAAAGGCAAUAUGAGCUGCUCAAACUUGAAAGAAACUUUCAGAAGCAGUCUAAUGUGCUCAGACGUAAAACUGAGGAGGCAGCAGCUGCCAACAAACGUCUUAAGGAUGCUCUGCAAAAGCAAAAGGAGGUUGCAGAAAAACGCAAAGAGACUCAGAGCCGUGGGAUGGAAAGCACUGCAGCUAGAAUGAAGAAUUGGCUUGGAAAUGAAAUUGAGGUUAUGGUCAGUACUGAGGAAGCCAAGCGACAUCUGAAUGGCCUUCUUGAAGAGAGAAAGAUCCUGGCUCAGGAUGUGGCACAACUCAAAGAGAAAAGAGAAUCUGGAGAGAACCCACCUCUUAAACUCCGAAGGCGCACAUUUUCCUACGAUGAAAUACAUGGUCAAGAUUCAGGAGCAGAGGAUUCUAUUGCCAAGCAGAUUGAAAGCCUAGAGACCGAAUUGGAGCUCAGGAGUGCGCAGAUUGCGGACCUACAGCAAAAGCUGCUGGAUGCUGAAAGUGAAGACCGGCCGAAACAGCGCUGGGAGAGUAUCGCCACAAUUCUCGAAGCCAAAUGUGCCAUAAAGUAUUUAGUGGGAGAGCUCGUCUCCUCCAAAAUACUGGUGAGCAAACUAGAAAGCAGCCUGAAUCAGAGCAAGGCCAGCUGUAUUGACGUGCAGAAGAUGCUGUUUGAGGAGCAAAAUCAUUUUGCUAAGAUAGAGACAGAGUUAAAAGAAGAGCUGGUCAAAGUGGAGCAACAGCACCAAGAAAAGGUGUUGUACCUUCUCAGCCAGCUGCAGCAAUCCCAGAUGACAGAGAAGCAGCUGGAGGAGUCAGUUAGUGAAAAGGAACAGCAGCUGCUGAGCACACUAAAAUGUCAGGAGGAAGAGCUUAGGAAGAUGCAAGAAGUGUGUGAGCAAAAUCAGCAGCUUCUCCAAGAAAACAGUGCCAUCAAGCAGAAACUGACCCUACUCCAAGUAGCCAGCAAACAGAAACCCCAUCUCACAAGAAAUAUCUUCCAGUCUCCAGACUCUUCCUUUGAAUAUAUUCCACCUAAGCCCAAACCUUGCCGCAUUAAGGAAAAAUGCCUAGAGCAAAGCUUCGCCGUCGAGGGGCUGCAGUAUUAUUCAGAGCCUUCUGUGGCCGAGCAGGACAAUGAGGACAGUGACGACCAUGCUGAUGAGGAGUGGAUCCCAACAAAACUAGUCAAGGUGUCCAAGAAGAGCAUCCAAGGGUGUUCCUGCAAAGGUUGGUGCGGGAACAAGCAAUGUGGAUGCAGAAAGCAAAAGUCAGACUGUAAUGUGUCCUGCAGCUGUGACCCCACAAAGUGUCGCAACCGCCAUCAGAACCAGGACAAUUCAGAUGCUAUUGAGCUAAACCAAGAUUCUGAAAACUCUUUCAAACUGGAAGAUCCCACAGAGGUGACCUCAGGCUUAAGCUUCUUCCACCCUAUCUGUGCAACUCCCAGUAGCAAGAUCCUAAAAGAAAUGUGUGAUGCAGAUCAGGUGCAGCUGAAGCAGCCCGUGUUUGUCUCUUCUUCUGACCACCCAGAACUGAAGUCUAUAGCGUCAGAAUCACAAGAAAAUAAGGCCAUAGGGAAGAAGAAGAAGCGAGCUCUGGCCAGCAAUACCAGCUUCUUCUCUGGCUGCUCUCCUAUCCAAGAAGAGUCCCACUGAGUUUAGGGCCAUUGUCUCUUCUGUCUGCCGUGGACACAGUCCGAGGGUGAGGCACAGAGGGGAAGAGCACUAAUGACUUCAGUAGUUUUAGGUCUUGCUAUUGAGAAAAUGAGAAAAGUGUCCCUGAAAGGAGGAGGACCUUGGCUGAGUGUUGGCCUUUACUAUCUAAGCCUUCAAACAACUACUUUGCUUCUCUAGAAGGCAUUGAGCCUUCUACUGGAGAGAGAACCAACUGACCUGCCUGAUAAGUCUAGAGGAGCCAGUCCCCAGUACAGUCUAGCUCACUCUUUGUGAGCAGUUGAAUUGUCUCUUCAUGGAACUAAGGCCGACAUGUUCUUCUUUCAUGAUCACAUCAGCUUAAUGGAAGAGUCUCGAGUAGGAUGGAGACCUGGCUCGACUCCCUCACCACACCUCAUGAAUUGGGCAGGGAGCUUUCCUGCUCCAUUCCAACGCCAGACUUGACAAACCCUUCAACUGUCUGUCACACGUGUUACUGAAGUGAAUGUCACAUUUUAAAAAUGUUAAGAAAAUAAAUAAACCUUAGUUCAUCUACUAGU